AUGGGGAACUCAGAGAGCGGCUGUGGGGGGGCCAGCGGGGACGAGGAGGACGUGGAGACGGAGAGUCCAGGUUUCGCGGAAGACAGUCCGGCCUCUGCGGCCACUGGCGGAGGCACUGGGACCGGCAGAAGCGGAAGAGGACCAAAUGGCCUGUCAGUACCCACGGCUGGACCACCAAGUCCCGAGGCUCUGCUGGAACAGGUCAAACUGAGGGAAGCUGCGGCUCGUAUUAGCGACUCAGGGGCGGCGAUACCCGAGUCUGUUUUGGCUGGGAACGAAAGCGUCCUUGUGCGGUGGCUGGAAGACCGAUUGAACCGCGGAGAGGAGUCUGUUAAUGUGGAACAAUUUUGUGAGAUGUUGGAAAGCAGAGAUGCGCCAAGAGAAGAGUGUGAAGAGGCUUUUGGUCAGUUUGAUGCAGAAGGAGAUGGCGUGGUGGAUGUCGAAACUAUGUUGAUUGCCUUAAAGAACUCCAAUGGGGCAAAACUGCAGGGAGAACUGAGUCAUGUAAUCAGACAACUUCAGGCAUGCUCCCUUACUCCAGGUUUUGUUGACAUUUUCUCCAAGACCAAAGACAAGUUAGGGGCGCAUGCCUCUAAGAUCCUCAAAUUUUUACACAGGAACCGAAUUCCUAGCAGUGCCAUUCCUUUUCCUCCUUUAGAGGGCUACAACAGUAUCUGCACCAUGAGGUCCACCGUGGUCCAGGACUAUUUGGAGUUCCUUCUACAGAAAGAAAAAGAUUUAGAUAUCCAGUACAGGGCAGAGCUAAACCGGGAUCCAGAUGUUGAUAAGGUCAAGGUGGUCACUCAGUGUUACAGCACUAUUGAAGCAUCAUCUAAUAUUUCUGAUGUGUACAAAAUGACAAACGGUGAGACGUCAUCUUUCUGGCAGUCAGAUGGAAGUGCUCGUUCACACUGGAUCAGAUUAAAACUUAAACCAGACAUGGUUUUAAGGCGCCUGGCCAUUGCUGUUGCUUCCAAUGACCACAGCUAUAUGCCUCAGCUGGUUUCUGUGGCUGUCGGGAAAAAUCGACGUUCAUUGCUGGAGAUAAAAGAUAUCCGUAUCCCAAGCAACGUCACAGGCUACGUAGCCCUCUUGGAGAAUGCCAACAUUACAUACCCAUACGUUCAAAUAAACAUUAAGCGUUGCCUGAGUGAUGGGUGUGACACUAGGAUUCAUGGAUUGAAGACUUUGGGAUAUCAGAUCACCAAGAGUAAGGAAGUGUCUGUUUCGGAUGCUUCAGCCAUCUGGUACCUGUCGCUCCUCACCUCUUUGGUCACUGCUUCUAUGGAAACUAACCCAGCUCUGACCCAGACUGUUCUUCAGAGCACGCAAAAAACAUUAAAGCACAUGCCACCCUUGUCGCUAACGCCAUCAUCAGCAGAGUUCCCCUUCUCUUUGAACAUCUUGGAGGAAGUGGAUGGAUUUCUCUUAAGGAUAGCAGAUUAUUGUAUGAAUCCUGAAGCAGAGUUGACCCUCCUGGCCUUUGCCCUGGCUCGGGGCAGUGUCACCAAAGUCUUCCAUGCUCUAUCCAGCAUCUGUGACCACCUGGAGACCCAGUACAAAGCGGCGUCCCUCAUCGCAUCCAUGGCAUCAGUCAGACUACGGCUCCUCUACCGCAAUGGGAAGCAUAUCCAGUUGCACUUACAGGCGUGUGACGUAAAAAGUAAAGAGGAAAAAUCGGGCCCAGAAAACAUGUUGUCUGAGAGCUCUACUGCAGAUGGCUUUCUCACUGAAAAUGGCAAGAGGAAAGCCAGCAUUAUCCUUUCAACAGAAGAUCAGAGUCAUUUUCAAGUAACGCACAUGAAAAUAAAAGUGCGAAAAGGACCCAUCGGGGCAAGAUGUGGCUUAGUAUUUGCCUACAGGGAGGCAGACCCUUUUGAUGCUGAAAAACAUUUCAAUAGGUUCAAGAAAUAUGACUCAUGGGAAUACCGGGAUUACAAAGAUUUUGUUCAAACUAACGUUAAGACUGCGAGACUGUCUGAAGAUGACCCCAUUGGUUGGUUUGAGUUUGAGGAAGAUUGGAAUGAUGUCGAAAUCAAACUCCAGCAGUGCCGUGUUGCAAAGUUCCUGAUGGUAAAAUUCCUAUGCACCAGGCAGGACAGUGCAGAGCGCCUGGGGGUCCAGGCUCUCUGCUGCAACGGUUACCUCUGUCCCAAGGAUGAAAGGCUUGUAGAUUUGGACGAUCUGAGUUCUGAGGAAGAGAACACUGAGCUUGUCUCUGGUCUUUGCCUCCUGAACAAAACACUGUUCUUCAUACAGCAGCUGACCCAAGACAUGGAUGCCUCUUAUUUCAAACAGAAGUAUAUUCUCACCUUUGGCAAUCUUAACUUGAAUGUCUUUUGGGAGUUCUACCGUAAACUUGGGGAGAUAAAUGACAAUGAGGUGAUGAAGGCAAGAGUUCUCCUCUUACAGUUGAUGCAAAACUGUUUCCCCAUGUUUCCCAGUCCACUGGAGGCCCAGCCCUUCGAUGAAGCCAAAGGGUCAAAUGACGAGGCUGCGUGUGCUUCCACUUCCAUCAGCAAAGAAUCAGACUCAGUCAAGGGAGUGGAAGAACUGUAUUCUCACCUCUGCAAAAUUGUGGAUGGCCCAGAGGGGGAUACUUUGAUGACCAAAGCUUUGCAUAAAGAAGCAGUGAAGGCCAUCCUGAAUGGUGCAGCAGUUUUCUUUCCAGACAAAAGCAUUCGAAGGGAAAAACUCUUUCACAUGAUGAAAAACAUAACAGAAGAUCAACUCAAGUCCAUCAAAGUGACAUUCGAGUCACUCUGCAAUUACUUCAGUGAUCAGGAUCCUAGUGGUUUGCUGAUGCUUCCGCCCAAAGGAGCACCUGCUGACUUUGACAUUAAUCCCAUUAUGUCAGUAAUGGAGACCCUGCUCCUGGUGGCAACUAGAGAGUGUGACAUAAUCAUGGCUGAUGAGAGUGGCAGUGACAGUAGAGCAGUCUUGCUGUCCUUAUUCUGGGCUCUACAGGGCAGUUUGCUCUCCUGGUGCUACUUGCAGCUCAAGGGAAUUGUGUCGAGUCCAGAUACAAUGGACCUUGCCCGAGAGAUUCUGAUAAAAUACGUGGAGCUAUUCUUAAGAAAUAUUAAGAUGGUACUUCAAUCUAUGCUUGAGAAGUAUACUGUUGCUGAAAUAGCAGAGAAACUACAUCAUUCAAUUCUCGUCAUUGUAUUUCGACAACUGAUGAUCUUCCUCCUGGAGCUGUGCUCUCUGGACAUCCCUCACAGUGUGCUCCUGAACAGUUUCUCUUCACUUGUGGAGCUUCUUCGAAGUCUAUCGAAAGAUUCUGGAGACAUCCUCUCCAAGGAGAGUUCCCAGCAGCCUCAGCAGCCGGUCGUGCUGAGGACCUGGAACAUGGAGUCCACACAUAACUAUGAAAACAGUCGCCAUGAGACCAGCUUCUUUGCGUGUCCGGGGGCAACUGUUUUUGAGGUGGAGUUUGAUGACCGCUGUGAAACAGAAAAGAGAUAUGACUACCUAGAAUUUACAGAUUCUCGUGGUGGUAAAGUUCGGUAUGACAUGAAAGUGGGAACGGAGAAAUGGCCAAAAAAAGUCACAUUUGAUGCUGGCCCUCAGCUGCAGUUCCUUUUCCACUCUGACAGCAGUAAUAACGAGUGGGGUUUCAAGUUCACUGUCACAGCUUUAGGUCUGCCUGACAUUACCAUCUCCUGGAUGUCAGAUUUGGAGUUGCUAGUUGCACGCCUUAUGGGACGCUUUGCAUCAAGAACUUUAGGGCUUAAAUCACCCUACGAAAUACGCAGCCACGUAAAGAAGCUAUUACCUGGUAAAGUAUCACAUGUCCAGUCUUACCCUUUAUGGAAACCAAUUCUACGGCAUGGAUUGCGUGAAACAAGAGCAAGUGAUCAAACUAAAGCAGCUCCAGAGCAGUUAAGCACAUGGACGCACAAGGAUUUGUUAAACUUCUUAGAGGACUUUGCUCGUUGGAACCCCUCCCAAGAAGUUUCUGAUGGAAGAACGGAGCUAAUGAAAACGCUGAUGCAAUCCUGUAAAAAACAGCUGAUCAGAAAUGAGGUCGCAUCUGGUGCUAAAGCAGACCAAGCCGUUAAUGCAAUAUGGGCAGCCAUGGUAUACCACACACCAGCCCUCAACCUUGCACUGACAGCUUAUGUUAACCAAGAAUGUAAGUCGUUAAGUGAUGAAUUUACACAUGUGUACUUGCUGGCAGACAGCAUUCGAACUUGGAUGCUUGAAAUAAGACAGAGAUACUUGGUUCGAAAAAUGAACGUGCCUGAUGAGCAGCAAGUUGGAUUACAAGAGGUUACAAUUGAUUCACUUGCCAAUAUGUGCAUUGAGAAGAGCCUCCUGCUGUUCUGGUUUCCUCCAUGUGGUGCACAGGAGAGUGAAGCAAGUAAAGGAGUAGAUGGUACUGCUGCUCCUCUUGUCCGCUCCAGUUCAAUUUCAGAAAGUGACUUUCAGGGCAGCUCUACAGUGGGACCUUCAUCAUUGGGGAAUGAAGACAGCAACAGGAUAAAAGAAGGACAACACGAUCCCCCCAUCUUACAAACACAAACAUCCUGCUCAAACAGAAGGGGCCACAGGGGCUCCACAGAGAGCCUGUCGUCUCAGCCUGGGGAGCCAACCUCACCCUCCGCCUUCUCCAGGAAAGCUCCCUUCAGUCGAGCACGCCUCCGUCUCUUAUCCUGCCGCUCGUUCGAAGAGCCUCGCUUGGCACUGUCUGUAAAACAUCAGUAUCCAAUUCUUAAACACAUUCUAAAUUUUAUAAAGGACCAAGAACUCACAACCGCAAGCAUAUUACAGGCGCUGGCUCUGAACAAAGCUCAGGCUCUGAGUGUUUGCAACGUCCUGGAGAUGGUCCAGCAGUGCUUGCGCUCGCUGGGGAAGCCACAUCUUUUCCAGGCGCCUUGUAUUCUAUUCCUCCAAGAGCUUCUAGCCUGUCAGAAAGACUUCACAAGUUAUUUUUCCCAGCUAUCAGAAAGUGGGCAGAAACAAGGCGAGGAUGUGAGACGCUCAUAUCAUCAGUUGGUCCUUAUGCUUGUUGAGGCAGUCCAGGGUUUCAAUAGCCUAAAUGAUAAAGCUCUGCUUCCAGGGCUGUCGUGUGUUCAAACCUGCUUACUGCAUCUUCUUGACAUGAACUGGGACGUACUGGACCUGCCUCUGUUUUCAAAGGUUCUGCUUCCUGACAUCUUGCUUGCAAUGUCACAGGAGAACAUCAGUGUACAUGACAUUGCCAUCAGUCAGUGGACAGAAGAAGAUGAAAUUGCAGAUUACAAAAAGAACCAGGAGUGGAUGGAUGAGUGUAUGGAUGGGAUGUUUGAGAAAUGGUACGAUAAAAUUGAUGAGGAAGAUUCCAUGGAGGACCGGCGAAAGAUGCACAUGUUUAUAGCACGUUAUUGUGAUCUCCUCAACGUGGUGAUCUCCUGCGAUGGCUGCGAGCGAAUGGCCCCAUGGCACCGUUAUAGAUGCCUCCAGUGCAUGGACAUGGAUCUGUGCAAGACGUGCUUCCUAACAGGUGGGGCAAAGCCAGAAGGACACGAGGACGAUCACGAGAUGGUGAACAUGGAGUAUGCCUGUGACCAUUGUCAGGGCCUCAUUGUGGGCAGCCGAAUCAACUGUAACGUUUGUGAAGAUUUUGAUCUGUGCUUUGGUUGUUACAAUGCCAAAAAAUAUCCUGACAGCCACCUGCCAACGCAUAGGAUUACAGUUUACCCUAUGGUGACCAUUCGGAUCAGCGACCGCCAUCGUCUGAUUCAGCCUUACAUCCACAAUUACUCAUGGCUGUUGUUCGCUGCCUUGGCUCUCUACGCCUCUGACCUGAGUAGUGAGAAGCAGUGUGAUGGGGAAAGUCUUGACACAAACACUCUCAGUCUGGCCUCACAUUUGCAAACCCGCUGCUCUCAACUUAUCACAGAUUGUCUGCUCAAAGGGCAGGCUGGAAAAGGUCUGCGUUCAUCAGCUCUGCUCGCUCUGUUGCUGUCUAAUGAGUCGGGCUCAGACAGUGACACUUGUCUAGUCUCUCCCGAAUCUUCUCAGGAGCUCAGUACUGACGCCUCGUCACUUGCCGAAAGCACUGCUGCGAUAUGUUCUCCAACAUCCCCCAAAGACAAGAGUAAAGCAGUGAGAAAAGAGAUCAAAUCUCAGGAGAUUUGCUCAGUUCCAAAUGCUUCAGGAGAGGCAGUGACCAAUGUUGGUGACGGAGACAAAAGGAAGCUUGAUGCUCAGGAUACUUUGGAUUCCUCGAGCCUCAGCCAGACUCCUUCUGUAUCGAGUGAAGAUGCUCUCUCUCCGGUCGUUCGACAGUCCGGUCCAGAACCUGCUGUUAGUCUGGAAUCAAAUUCUCUUAAGAUGAAAGAGCAGAGCCUUCCUCCAUUUCCCCUACAGGAGCAUGUAUUUUCUGAGUGCUCCAAAGAGAGAAUCCUUGGACUUCUGGCAGCCAUGUUGCCACCUGCGUCUCCAGACUGUAUGCUUUCCUUGCCAAGUCUGGACACAAUCCUUCCACAGCUCUUCAGAGCAGUCAUUUCCAACGCUGGCUCUCUAAAUGAGACUUUCCACCUCACCCUGGGGCUACUCGGACAGCUCUUACGCCGGAUAACCCCAGUCGAGGCCGACGCUGCUGUGACCGAGGCACUGGCUGAUAAAUAUGAUCUGUUUGCUCAAGGAGAUGCCUGUCCAGACGGCCAAGGAUGGAAGACCACCCAACUGCUCUUCAGCCUCGGGGCAGUCUGUUUAGACAGUCGAAUUGGUCUGGACUGGGCGUGCACAGUGGCAGAUAUCUUGCACAGUUUGAAUACUUCACCUGAAUGGGGCGCCGUGAUUGCGUCCUUCACAGAUCAUUGCAUACAACAGCUGCCAAAUUCUUUAAAACGCACCAAUCUCUUCACUCUGUUGGUGUUAGUGGGCUUCCCUGAGGUUCUCUGCGUUGGCACCAAGACAGUAUUUAUUGACAACGCUAAUGAGAAACACAACAUGAUCUUACUGAAACAUUUCACAGAGAAAAACCAUGCUGCUGUGGUUGACGUUAAGACGAGGAAGCGAAAAACAGUUAAAGACUACCAACUAAUUCAAUCUCAUGAUUCAACAUCUGGUCCUUCACAACAGUCUGAGGCCGCCCAAAAUGCCCUUCUCGUUCGCUAUUUGACCAAUUUUACCUCCAUAAUCAGCCAUUUACUACAGGUGCCCACAGACAAUGCCUCUAGUAACGCUGUAGAGGCCUCAUGGGUUCUCUCGUUGGCUCUCAAAGGUCUCUACAACACGCUUAAGAAACACAGAGUAUCAGAAGCCCAACGAGCCAUUCACCAAGCCGGUCUAACGCAGCUGCUGGUCAGAAAGUGCAGCAAGGGAACAGGCUUCAGCAAAUUGUGGCUACUGCGCGACCUGGAGAUCCUUUCCAUCAUGUUGUACUCCUCCAAAAAGGAGAUCCACUCAAUGACGCAGGACCCUGAGCGAGAGCAAAAAGAGCAGGACAAGGAGCACGACUCGGACCAUUCCAGCUGCUGCACCGACGACGCCGACCCCAACAAGCCGGACCCCCUGGAAGGCCUUGACGAGGAGACGAAAAUCUGCUUUCAGAUUACCCAUGAUGCCUUAAAUGCCCCUCUGCCCAUCCUGAGAGCCAUGUAUGAAUUGCAGAUGAAAAGAACCGACUCGUUUUUCCUGGAGGUUCAAAAAAGCAGAUUUGACGGAGAGGAGAUAAAAACAGAUGAGACGAUUCGAACUCUUGCUCAGAAGUGGCAGCCGCUCAGACGUCCCAGGUCCGAAGAAAGGAACACUAAGGCAGUGGAUACUGACAUGAUUGUUGUCUCCUGUGUGUCCAAGCCCAGUCUGUGUGAAAAGGCCACAGAGGAGGUGAACGUAGUGGCCCAGAAGCUCAUCACGCACUCUGAGAGCGACCUGCAGCUCAACUACGCCAAACAGAGACGCACCAAGAGCUCGGCGCUGCUGCACAAAGAGCUGGAUGUGCGCAGCAAUCGGGCCGUGCGCCAGUACCUGGUGAAGGUGAACCAGGCCAUCGCCACGCUCUACGCCCGCCACGUGCUGGCUUCUCUGCUGGCCGACUGGCCCCUGGAGACCCCCCUGUGUGAGGAGGCCCUGGAGCUGAGCAGUGCCUCUCACAUGGCAUACAUCCUGGACAUGCUGAUGCAGCUGGAGGAGCGGCCGCUGUGGGAGAAGAUUCUUCAGAGGGUGCUGACGGGCUGCAGCCAGAACAUGCUGGGUAGUUUAUCUCUGACCGCCUGCCAGUUUAUGGAGGAACCUGGAAUGGCAAUGCAGAUCAGAGAAUCAAAGCAUCCAUAUGACAACAACACCAACUUUGAGGACAAAGUGCACAUCCCUGGAGCAAUUUACCUGUCCAUAAAGUUCGACUCGCGCUGCUUUACUGAAGAAGGCUGCGAUGAGCUGAUCAUGUCCAGCAGCAGUGACUUUUUGCAGGAUGUUCAUAAUUUCAGCGGCUCUCCUCAGAAAUGGUCUGACUUUGAUAUUCCUGGUGACACCCUCUACUAUAGGUUUAUGUCCGACAUGAGUAACACAGAAUGGGGUUACAAAUUCACCAUCACUGGAGGUCACAGAGGACGCUUUCAAACGGGUUUUGAGAUUUUGAAGCAAAUGUUAGCCGAGGACCAGGUACUAAAUCUCUUGCCACUCAAUGACAUCUGGGAGUGGCAGGUGGGUGUGGCGUGUCGGCAAACCGGAAACCCUCGCCUCAAAGCAAUUCACCUGCUGCUGCGUCUCCUGCAGUGUCGAUCUCAGACAACGUGUGAUCUCACGUUGCUGAGACCUCUAUGGCAACUGUUCAUGUCGAUGGAGAACAGCGUGAGUCAGGAUCCCACGUCUGUCACGGUGCUGCUGCCUCUUCAUCGCGCUCUCACUGAGCUCUUCUUCGUUGCAGAAGCACAAGCCACAGUGCAGGGUGUUCUGCAAGAGUACUUAUUGGCAAUGACAACAGAUGAACAGCUCCAAAACCACACAGCCUUGGCUCUGAAGAAUAUUGCUGCCAUCAGCUUGGCGAUGAAUUACUCUAACAAAUCGACCAAGUUAAUCAACAUGUCAUCGUGA